AAUUAGGUAAAAUAAAUAAAAGAAGUGUAAUUCGGCGGUGAAGAAGCAUCGCUCGCUAUUGCCUCUCAAUCGAGCACGCAGGCACUCCAGUUCUCUUCUUCGGAAAUUGCUAGCUGGGCUAUAAAUAAAGAUGCAGUCUUCUUCGUCGUCGUCGGGUUCAUGUGGCGGCGGGAAUGAUCAGGUGGCUUCCGGUUCUAAGAGUCAAGAUGAUAUGAUAAGCAACUUACCUGACUUUGUUAUUGGCCACAUUCUUUCUUUUCUUUCCACUAAAGAAGCAGUUCUUACAAGUGUUUUAUCAACCAGGUGGAAAUAUAUGUGGACAUUUCUCACUAAACUAGAUUUUAGGGACUACACCAACAAUAACUUCAAUUCUUUUUCCAACUUUGUAACUAGAGUGCUUUUUCAUCUUAAUACUGCAACCAUCCAAGAAUUUAUUCUUGAAAUUCCACAUUAUUAUGAUCCCUACGGCUACUAUACCAAUCAAUGGAUAUCUGCUGUUUUAAGCAUGAGACUAAAAAAGAUUAAGGUCUUUUUUUUUCUUAGAGGAAACGAACCUAAAAUUCCCUCUUGUCCCCAGCUCGUUUCAAAAAAUAACAUUCUCUCAUGUCCCCUUUUUGAAUGCCAUGAAUCCCUAGAGGAAUUGGAGUUUAUGAUUAGUUCUUUAGCUUCUUGUAUUAUCAAACUUCCCUCCUCCUCUUUUGUUUCUUUCUCAUCCCUCACAGUACUCAGUUUGGCUGGAAUAAUCACAUUUACUUCUUCGAAUGAAAUAUUCCAAGAGUUAACACUUAAUUUCCCGCUUCUUAGAGAGUAUAAGGCAGUAUCUUGCGGUUUCUCAGGUGUAAAGAGUAUCACUAUAGAAGCACCUCUACUUGAAUUGGUUUUCAUUUUGGGCAUGGAGUUUGAACAAGUUAUCACUAGGUUUAGUGCUUCACGUAUUACAAACUUCUCUUACUACUGUGAUACAGUAUCACACACCAUUUUUUUAGAUCAUCAAAACAUCCCUUCUUCUAAGAUAUUUCUAGUUCUAUUUGAUUCAGAAGAUCAUAGUGUGGAAGAAAUAUCAAUAUUUAUUCGCAAGCUUCUCCGUUUCUUUAUUAAUGCAGAAUAUCUCGAGCUUGAUCUUGCUAAUUGUUGGCCGGGUUUUGCAUGGGUGGCUAAUUAUUUAGCUGAUAUUCCUGUAUUUCGAAUGUUGGGUUAUUUGAAGCUAAAAAGGGUUACUAGUAAUACUUUGUUAGACUUUCUUUUAAAAACACCUUGUCUGAAGACUCUGGUUUUACAGAUGGUGGAUUAUGAUGAAGAAUCGCAGAAUUUCGCAAUUGUACCUGACUGUUUUCUAUCAACUCUUAAAGUGGUAAAAUUUGAUAAAUAUUUCGGGGGUGAGCGCGAGUUUAGUUUUUCUAAAUUUGUGAUGGAGAAUACUAAGGUAUUGGAGAGGAUUUCUUUCUCAUUUCAUGAGUCCUGCUCGGAAGUGGAAAAAGCUAAAGAGAAACUAAGUUUAGUUAAGAUCAGUUUUAGCACAGUGAUUAUGGAAUUUUCUACCUAAAAUCCAACUUCGCAGCUACUUAAAUGUCACAGGAAUUAAGUAUUAAGUUAUUUUAAAUAAUAGAUUAAUAUUAGUUAGUUAGUUACUAUUUUCCCUAUUUUCCAUAGUUAGAUUCAAUGAUCAUAUUAUCUUAGUUAUUGUUAUUAUUUUCCUAUUUAUAGGCAAUGAUUGGUAGAGUUUGUUACCAACUUGCCUUUAUAUAUAGGCAUCUAGGUUACAAUUUUCGUAGAUGUGUCGAUCGUGUAUGAUGGAAUACUACCAUUACAUUUCAUGUGAAGAAGUAGUCGUAUUAUCAUGUGAGGCAA